CUUCAGAGAGUUUGAGAGAGAGAGACUUCAGCCUAUGCUGUUAUGCUUUCCGUACAGUACAAUUUGUCUGUUUAAACAGUAGCUCAUAUAUACUGGGCCUCAAUGGAAACCAUUUACUCCAGUGUAGUGUUUAAGAAGAAUAACACAAAUGAGGCCAGAGAUGCUGAGCCUCCAAAGGCCGCUGCUGCUAAUGAGGAAGUCGUGUACUCCACCCUGGCAUUUUCUAGUCCAGCUGGUCCGAGUCCAUCUAAUCUGCCAGGACCAGUUGACCCAGCUGACCCCUCAGAUGGUGCCAGGACAAAGGUCAUGACCAAAGCACGGUCUAAGGACAGACUGCUAUUUGUUUCUCUCUGUGCUCUCCUGUUUGCUGUGGCCUUAAUCACUGGAGUGCUCUAUAUUUCAAGGAAGAUUUUACAUGAAGAGUUUGCUCGAAGUCUCACAGAAAAACUACAUCAGUAUAAUAAAUCCUUGUGGAAUUGUUCAAUGAGUGAAGAUACUUUGUCAAAAGUAUGGGUGAACAUGACUCACCUGGAGAGAGAGAACAGGGAUCUCUUGAACAAUAACAACAAUCUGACCAGUCAGCUUUCAGAGAUGAACAGGAGUAUUGAGCAGUUGCAAGCAGAAAAGGAAAAUCUGACCAGUGAACUUCAAACUCUGAUGGCAAAAGCAAACCACUGUGCUGAGGGCUGGAAGUUCUACAGUGGGAAGUGUUACUACUUCUCUACUUAUAAGAAGACCUGGACUGCCAGUCGUGAUGCUUGUGUUGCUGAGGGUGCAGAUUUGGUGAUUAUCACCAGUAUAGAGGAGCAGGAUUUCUUAAAAAGUCAAUGCCUGGGCAUUGAGCACUACUGGAUCGGACUGACUGAUGCUGUAAAGGAGAGAGACUGGCGCUGGUUAGAUGGCACAAAACUCAGUGCGACACCGUGGUACUGGACUGGUAAUGAGCCUGACAACUGGAAAGGGUAUCUUAACAUGUAUCCUGAAGGAGAAGACUGUGCUGUAAUGCAGCUUGGAUCUAACACAUAUCAGUUACAAGAUGCCUUCUGUGAUGUAGCUAACAAAAUAUGCAAAUAUGUCUGUGAGGCAAAAGCAGGAAUGUAAAUUUAAUGAGGGGCAAAAAUGGGGAGUGUCAAGAACUGAAAAUUCAUAACAAAUCAAACUCUCCCCUUUUGUUAUGGCCCAAAAUCUCAAGAGAAUGCUUUCAAAUCCUUGUAAAAUCAUUCCAGAACGAACUAAGGAUGUUCUGAAAACAAAUGGGCAUCCUACCUAGUAUUAGGUAUUCGUAAUACACUUCCUAAAUAAGUGUAUGUAUAACCCUGUAUUUUUUUAUUAUUUAUUUUUAAACAUCAAUAUAAUGCAUAAGCCUUCCAAUGAACCAGGAUGUUUCAGACAGCUCCUUCAUUAGCUGUGCAAAGUGCUCCUACAGAACACUGGAGUUACUCUUUGGGAUCUCUUUCUGUGCCUAUUACUUUAUGGAGGGAUUAAGGUUUAUGUGUGGGGCUCGACCACUGGUUGUUUCAUUAUUUAGCAUGAGUUCUGGUGUUGCACAGUUUAUUCAGGCCUCGUCUGAGGAUGUGCUAUAUAGAUUUUCUAAAGAGCAGAUUUUGGAAUGGUGUUAAUAAUUUACACUAUUUGGUUGGUUUACACCAUGUGGAAAUUAUUCAUUGUUACUAUGUCUAUUUAGUUUACAGUUUAAUGUUAUUUGCAUUUAGUGUAGCAUCUGCCAAAAUAAAAGAAUAUAAACUGCGUAGACUACUUCAAGCACUUUUUAGAUGGUCACUUGAUCGCGGAAAUGCCGCUGUUUUUUCCGUUUCCUGUAGCGUUCUCGUUUGUGAAGUUUGCCCUAAGACUGGGAUUGUAGUUUGUUCAACAUAAUGUACUGUGUGUAUUACAGAGUAGGACAUGUUUCUGGGUUGGGAUAUAUAAGGUAUCUGAUAAAUUUGGUUGUUUAGGUGAGUGAAGGUUGCUUUACCAGUUAAUGUCUGGAAAUGUGUGGUGUGUGUGCGUGGGUUUUUUUUGUUUGGUUUUUUUUUGGGUUUUUUAAAACUGUUGGUAUCAUGCAAGAAUGUAACAUCA